AAGAACGUGCCAGCAUCAAGCAUGGCUGCGGCGUGCUCUACGUCGGUGCGUCCCUGCGCACGUAAGAACUGAAGAGGAGAGCUGUGUGCAGUGGAAGUAGUGUCGCCAUGAGGUUUUCCCUUUAAAAGAGACGCCUGCUCAAUAUGAGAUUUCUGGGAAGGUUGCAGAGGAUGAAGGUGCUCCGCGUCAUCUGUGCUUUUCUUGUGGUCCUCUUCUUCCUGUUUGGUGCCCUUGCUGCCCUCCUCCCCGCUGCUCAUGAAGAUUCUAUGCUGGGGGUUCGGCGGGGAGCAUCCUUCUCCAGCCUCUCCUCACAGGACUCUUUCACUCUCAUAAUGCAAAGCUUUAACAGAACUGAUUUGUUACUGAAAAUGUUAAAUCACUACCAGGCCAUGCCCCAUCUCCACAGCAUCAUUGUAGUGUGGAAUAAUGUGGGGCAGGACACGCCACACGAGUUGUGGGAAAGUCUUGGACCCCAUCCCGUGUCUGUUUACUUCAAGAAACAGAGUGUUAACCUCAUGCGAAACAGGCUGCAAAACUUUCCAGAGAUACAAACCCAAGCUGUGUUAAUGAUGGAUGAUGACACACUCCUUAGUGCAUACGACAUCUCCUUUGCUUUCUCCAUAUGGCAGCAAUUUCCCAGUCAGAUUGUUGGCUUUGUGCCUAGGAAGCAUGUUGCAUCACCUUCUGGAAUAUAUAGCUAUGGUAGCUUUGAACUGCAGGUGGAUUUGGGGCCCGGUGACGUGUACUCCCUGAUACUUAUUGGAGCUGCAUUUUUUCACAAAGACUACCUGAAGCUCUUCCAGGAACAACCCACCUCAGUCCAUAAUAUGAUUGACCAGACACAGAACUGCGAUGAUAUUGCAAUGAAUUUCUUGGUAGCCAAUUAUACAGGGAAAGCUUCUGGUGUACUGGUAAAACCAAUAGAUAUGAGGAACUUGGAGAAGGAUGCAGGAAGUGGCUACACGGGGAUGUGGCAUCGGCCUGAGCACCUCCUGCAGAGGUCCUAUUGUCUUAACAAGUUGGUGGGCAUAUAUGGCAAGAUGCCCCUGAGAUAUUCCAAUAUAAUGAUCUCCCAGUUUGGUUUUCCAAACUAUGCCAAUCACAAAUCUAAAUUAUAAAGAUGAAGAUGCAGCCAUGUCCAAGGAUUUUCUUUUGUGUGUACACCAGUGAUGUCCAAGGCCACAUAUUGCAGAUCUAUUUAAUGGAUUACUACUAUAGGACACAUUUUACUGCAUUAAAGAUAUGUUGUUGAUUUGUAUGUUAUAGGGUCAGUUUUAGGUACUUGGAACGAUGUGAAAAUUUCUAAAAAUAUAUCAAUUACUGUUGUAAAGAAAAUCAGCUGUCUGACAAAUGCAUAGCUUGACAUUGUUCAUCUCUGAUCUAUUAAAAAAUGCUAGUUGCUUUUCU